AUUUCUCUUUCAGGUCAUCCCUCUGGCACUGUUCAACCCACUUCUGCGAUCUGAGGAACAAGCCAGACAGAGGCUUACUGUGGAGGAUACCAGUGGUGUAAAGCUGUUUGGACCAACCGUUGCAAGGCCACAUUAUGGACACCGUCACAAUUUCACUACGAAAACAUCCCAAUCAUAAGGGAAACAAGGAGAACACUCAGCCUCCAACUGGAGCAAAAUCCUUUGUUAAAACGGGCCCUACAUCAGCUGUGCCAUUCCAAAUCAAAGCCAACAAACGAGAAGAUGUCUUCAACAAGGAUGAUUCUCUUAGGGCAAAGGGUAAACAGCUSGGUAGGAAGCCAGUGUCUGGAGAGACUCAAAGAAAGUUGCAGAGAGAUACUAAAGAUGUCAAAGCACAAAUACUCAAACCUACUGUGGCUGAAGCUCCAAAGCAGACAUUAAAACCUGCUCCAGGGAUGUACAAAGGCAGAAUUGUUCAGUCAAAAAUUGGCUCUAUUUGGAAGUCAAGUGAUUCUUUGAGUGCAGCAGUCAUUAAGCCACCAGCAUCUAAACUAGAGAGCGAAAAGGUCAAAGACACAGCCAUAAAGAAAAGGUCCAAAUCUGUAACCGAGGUGUCCAGGCAAGUCGCCAAAAGGCCAGUGCCGAUGAGGUCCAAGUCAGUUUCUGACCAAUCCCAUCAGGUGGGCAGGCCCCCCGUCGGUAACUGUCGCCCUGCUGGGUUCUGCUCUGCACGGCCUCCCACCAGAACCCUCGCAGCCACGCUACCACCUGCUACAUCCAGAAGCACAACUGUGGCUGCCACUAAAGCAAGAGGUGGUCAGAACACAAAGCCGAAGAUUCCAGUCACCGACAAGAAAGCCAGUAGACCUGUGAUCUCAAGCGCACCUAGUCAGUACAGAGUUGCCACAGAGACGGCAGAAGAAAAACGAGCAAAACUGGCCGAGUGGCUGGCCUCCAAGGGGAAGACUCUGAAAAGACCUGCCAUGACAACCAAAGCACCUCCAAAAACAAAGCUUACUACAAAAGUAAAAGUGGAUCCAAAGGUUCCAGAGAAUGUUGACCUGGAGCCCGGUUCUCAGUGUGGAGUUGAACCCAACCCAAGCGUGCAGCAUGAAAUCCCAGCGCCCUCUGUGGAAACUCGGAGAGAAGGAGGUAGUGCACAAAGCCCGAUUCCUGGGAUCAUGAACACAACACUGGAUCUGCUGGACGACUCUGAGGUAGAUCUGUCUGAAUCUCCGGGCAGAGUAGAUGAUAUUGUUGUGAACCUUUGUGACGCCCUGGAGGCCAUGGCGAUUCCAUCCGCAAGCUCUGAUGAUGCAGAUGCACAAUGCGACCAAGCAGAAGAAUGUAGAGAUGAAGAGCAGAAGGAUGAACAGACAGAGACUAAAGAGGAAUCGGAAGUGAAACAGGAAGAUGUUGAGGAAAGUGAGGAUGAUUCAGAAGAUGAUAGCAAUGAUGAUGUGAUGGAGACGACGCCCCAAACUAGCGCUUCAGUUAUCAAAUACAGUGUGAAGACCACCCCAUACUUGCAGAGUGUGAAGAAAACGAUUGAAGGCAAGGUGAAUGCGAGUGCAUCGAGGAGGAAGAGCAACAUCAAAGACCUGAAGUUUCUGACGCCGGUGCGCCGGUCCAGUCGCAUCCACCAUAAAUCCUCCCAUCUGCCCUCAAUGCUCACCGAUCACGAUCCAUGCGUGUCGUCGCUGGCCGAGCUGGUGAAGCUGGACGACGAUCCUAACGCUUACAUCUACAGGAAGAACCCUGCGCUUCUGCAGGAGCUGCCGGACCAAAAUACAUGCUAGGUAUUUAGUUUUUAUACGGAAAUGUAAAGGACUUGAGCUAUGGCACACUACAUAGGUACACUUUGUUUUACUAACCUAAUGUAAGUGUAUGAAAUUAUUUUCUACAGUUACUCAAUUUUUGUCAGUAUAAAAUGACACCUAAUCUAUUUCCUGUUGUGUUUUAAGAGUCAGAAAUGUAAACUCAGAAAAUCAGAGGAUGUGAGCUCUACUAAGAGCUUGCAAUGACUAAACAAAAAAGGUA